UUCUCUCUCUCUCUCUCUUAGCUUGCAACUUGCAAACAGUAAUCCUGUGGUCUACAAAGCGUCGUACGUUAGUUUUCUGAAAUAUAUUGGCGAUGAGGAGACAGCUCUUCUAUCCUUAGCUUCAAUUCGUUCUGGUUCUAGAUCAAUGGAUCCGAUAAUUAAGUAUCUCUGGCAUGCCACCAGAUUUUUACUAUAAUGUAUGUGGGCUCUUCACUGCGAAAAUGGAGCCCAAAUUAACGUACGAACAUAUUUUUUUUAAAAAAAAAAAAAUUUCCCUCAUUAUAAUUAUGUCAAAGUCUUAGCUUUCACCAACCAACCAACCAAGCAAUUUUGCUUAUUGCCUUGACAUUAUAUAUAUAUAUAUAUAUAUAUAUAUAUAUAUAUAUAUAUAUAUAUUGCGGUCUGGAAUUGAAGAAGCUAAUAAGCAGCGGCGGCGGCGGGCAUGGGGAGCCAAGAGUGCGACAUAAUCCGGUGGUUCGACGAGGUGGCGGAGAACGCCGGGCAGGUCCAGAGGGAGACGCUCCGGCGGAUUGUUGAACUGAACCACGGCGUGGAGUAUCUGAAGAAAUGGGUGGGAGAUAAAGAUAUGAAUGUGGAGGAUGGCGCAUUAUUGGAAUCCCUUUACACUUCUUUGGUCCCUCUUUCUUCUCAUGCAGAUUUGGAGCCUUACGUUCAACGGAUUGCCGACGGCGACUCCGCCCCUCUCCUCACUCACCACCCCAUCACCACCUUAUCCUUAAGUUCUGGAACUACAGAGGGUCGACAGAAGUUUAUACCCUUCACUCGCCAUAGCUCACAAACCACCCUUCAAAUCUCCAAGCUCGCAGCUGCUUUUAGAUCCAGGAUUUAUCCGACAAGUGAAGGGAAGAGGAUUCUGGAGUUCAUAUACAGCAGCAAGCAGUUCAAGACGAAGGGAGGAGUGACGGCGGCGACGGUGACGACACACAUUUUCGCGAGCGAGGAGUUUAAGGUGAAGCAGCGGGAGAUUAAGUCGUUUACUUGCAGCCCGGAGGAGGUGAUUUCCAGCGGCGACUACAAGCAGUCGACGUACUGUCACCUCCUGCUGGGGUUACACUACGGGGGCGAGGUGGAGUUCGUGGCGUCCACCUUCGCCUACAGCAUCAUCCAGGCGUUCUUGUAUUUCGAGGAGCACUGGAGGGAGAUAUGCAACGACAUAAGCGAGGGGACUCUCAGCGCCAAGAUUAGCCUGCCUAAAUGCCGUGAAUCUGUGCUCAAAAUCCUCGCCCCAAACCCGGGUUUGGCUGCCAGGAUUCGCAGGGACUGUGAGGAAUUGGAAAGGGAGGCGGAUUGGUUCGGGUUGAUCCCCAAACUGUGGCCUAAUGCCAAGUAUAUUUACUCCAUAAUGACGGGGUCUAUGCAGCCUUAUUUACCAAAACUCCGGCAUUACGCCGGGAAGCUCCCAUUGGUGAGCGCAGAUUAUGGCGCAACUGAGAGCUGGAUUGGGGUGAAUGUGGAUCCUUCUUCCCCACCCGAGAAGGUCACUUUUGCAGUCAUACCCACAUUUUCUUACUUCGAGUUCAUCCCACUUCACAGAAGGAAAUCACAACAACCAGAUAACAACAACAACAACAACAACAACAACAACAAUAACAAUAACGCAUCCACAGAUGAUUUCUUGGAAGAUGAUCCUGUGCCCUUGUCCCAGGUCAAGAUUGGACAGGAAUAUGAGGUUGUUCUAACAACUCUCACAGGGCUGUAUAGGUACAGGUUAGGGGAUGUGGUAGAAGUGGCAGGUUUCUACAAGAACACCCCAAAGCUGAACUUCAUAUGCAGAAGAAAGCUGAUACUAACAGUAAACAUCGACAAGAACACAGAGAAAGAUCUCCAGCUAGUAGUGGAGAGGGGUUUACAGAUUCUAAGCAAGACGAGGGCUCAUCUAGUGGACUUCACGAGCCACGCAGACGUGGCAAAACAACCUGGGCACUACGUUAUAUACUGGGAGAUCAUAGGGGAGGUUGAGGAGAGGGUUCUGGGAGAAUGUUGCAGAGAAAUGGACGCUUCUUUCGUGGACCAUGGGUACGUGGUGUCCCGGAGAACAAACUCCAUCGGACCCCUGGAGCUAAGGAUUGUGGAGAGAGGAACUUUCAGGAAGAUUCUGGAGCAUUUCAUCGGCAAUGGGGCGGCGCUCAGCCAGUUCAAGACACCCAGGUGUACUACAAACCAGGUGCUGCUAAGAAUCCUUAACCGCUGCACCAUUAAAAGGUUUCACAGCACUGCAUAUGCGUAAUUAUAUCAAACGCCGCCGCUUAACCCUAUUUUCCAUUAUUUCUUUCUUUAAUUAGUCGUCGUGUAAGGAUUUUAGGAUUAACAUGUGUUCAAAUAUGGGUGAUACAUACAACUUUCUGGCCAUGCAUGUUUUGGACAAAGUCUUAAUUUCCAUUUUAAGUGUGCAAAUUUUCACCUUUACAUCA